AUCUGCUCUGUGGCUGCUGUCUUUCCCAGGGUGUUUUCCAGGAGGCUGGUGUCCUUCUCCAUGUGGAUUGAUCGGACGCGCUGGGCGAGAAACGUCUGGGCUAUGUCGGCCAUCUUUGUUCUCACCAUGGCUGAGAUAGCAGACAUGCUAAGCUGCCUCCAGCCCCCCCACCCUCUCCUCAACACCAGCGCUGGCCUCAUGCUGCAGUCGCUAGGCAAUGAAGGCUGCGCCCAAAACCCCAAACAUUACAGCAUCAUGGCAGUGCUGUUGCUCGUGGCAACCACCAUGCUGGUCCAGGUCAGCCACUUUGUCAAGCUGGGGCUGAUGCUGCUGGUCGUCCUGGCAACGGGCGCGGUCAACAUCUACAGCUGGAGGGACAUCUACGAUGUGUAUGACAUCAUGCUGUUCGCCAGUACGUCUGUGAUCCCCUCCAGGUAUCUGAUGACCGUCAUGAUCAUCAUCAUGAUGAUCAGCUUCUACUACUUUUCCCGGCAUGUGGAGAGGCAGUCUCGCAGGAUGUUCCUGUGGAGGAUCGGGGUGCAAGAGCAGAAGGAGCAGGUGCUGGACAUGAGGGAACGUAACGAGGCCCUGGUCACCAACAUGCUGCCUGAACAUGUGGCCAAACACUUCCUGGGUACCAAGAAGAGAGACGAGGAGCUGUACAGCCAGUCGUACGAUGAGAUCGGGGUGAUGUUUGCCUCCAUCCCCAACUUCUCAGACUUCUACACGGAGGAGGGCAUCAACAACGGGGGCAUCGAGUGCCUCCGAAUCCUCAACGAGAUCAUCUCUGACUUCGACAGCUUACUGGACAGGUCUGAGUUUCUGUGCAUCACUAAAAUCAAGACGAUCGGCAGCACCUACAUGGCCGCUUCGGGCGUCUCUCCCGAGAGCAACACCAACGGCUACAGCAACCGCAAGCUGGAGGACCAGGUGUUGUUGGAGCGCUGGAUGCACCUGGCCGCCCUGGCAGACUUCGCUCUGGCCAUGAAGGUCACGCUGGCCAACCUCAACAGCCAGUCCUUCAACAACUUCAUGCUCCGCAUCGGGCUGAAUAAAGGGCCAGUGCUGGCGGGGGUGAUCGGCGCCCGGAAGCCUCACUACGACAUCUGGGGAAACGCAGUGAAUGUGGCGAGCAGGAUGGAGUCUACUGGGGUGAUGGGGAACAUCCAGGUGGUGGAGGACUGCUACGACAUCCUGAAGGAGUACGGCUUCCGUUUCGUCCGCAGGGGGCCGAUCUUCGUGAAAGGGAAGGGGGAGCUGCUAACCUUCUUCAUGAAGGGAAAAGACAAACAGACGAACACAACCACCACCACCACCCUCCCACACCAAGUCCUGGAGCGGUCCUGACAAGAAAUACAUUAACAAAUCAUGUUUUUUUCUGUAAAAAUACCAACAUUUUACUCUCUCAGACAAAUAUGUUUAUACAUAGACAUCAUUAAGCUAUUGUUAGCUCUGUGUGUCCUGUUUCUGGACACUGACAUGGUUUAAAAAUGUAACUUCAAAACCCGUAAAGUUCAUACUCACACAUCGCUCUACUCAUAAAUCCUGGUCUUGAUUCCAACGAAUCUUUGCAAAAGUGUUAUUGAUUUUUGAUAAAUCUCCAUUAUUUAAUCCCCUAGUGAUCAGAAACGUUUCAAGAAAUUUGAGUGGUGCAGACGUAUAACAGAGAGGGGUUUUGUAAGAUCAUUACUAACUGUUUGAGAAAAAUCAAAAAAUGUAUAUCAAUAUGAAAUCAUCCACCCACAAGUCUAGUUACACAACUUUUAUACAUCUAGAACUAGCGUAGUCAAGGUAAGAACUAACACAGUAAGCAUCUGAAGACUUUGAACACUGAGUAUAUCAGCAAGAAUAGAUACAUCAACGUCAAGAAUUAUUUCAUAGAACUGCAAGAUUAUCAAUAUUCUCUAUUCUCUCCAGGUCAGCGCUAGGAUUUUCAAACAGUAAGAGAUAUUAUCUGCCAUAUUCAUUUAUUUCAAACUGUGGAGCUCAGGUUCUGUACUAUUUUAGGUUAUGCAUAAUUUAUUUAUUAUUCAGUUAUUAAAAAUGUUUGCCUUAAAUGGUUCGUUGUUUUUAAUUUAACGUUCAGUUGCAGUCCUGCUUUUGGCCCCUGAAUGUCCUCUUUGCUCUCUGAAUUGGUCUUUACAGAUCUAGGACAAGAGUAGGCCAUUAAAAACUCUUUCUCGUCCUAAAUCCUAUUUUAGAAAGGAAGACAUACUUCAUUUAAUCCUUGAUAAAGUUUAAAGAAUGUAGGUUGAUUAUCAGAGAUGGCAGCAUAAGUAUCUUAUGGUCAACACUCUUGCUUUAGGUAAGUGCACUAUUCGCUGUCAUCGCUGAUGUCCAUUCUGAAGCAGUGAUUCCUUUCUGAGGCACUAGGAAAUUAUCGGGAAUUAUGUUGUCACAUAAUGCCUUUCUAAGAAAAACGUUUUUAGAAUGUUCUUUUUUUUGUAUAAAAUGUUUAGAAUUUUAGAAAAAAUACGUGACUCUAGUACAUUGUGUCGCAAAUGUUAAUGUUUACAUUGAUUGCUCUAAU